UUGAAGUUUACAGAUAAUAAAUAAUAAUGUACAUUUGACGUUAAUUAAGUACAUUGUAAUAUUAUUGUUAUAAAUUUUAUAUACCUACUUAAUACUUAAGCCCAGUCUUGAAUAGAAUGUACCAUGUUACUACACAGAAUUAUUGAGAUAAAUAUUCUCGGUUCAACGAUCUUAAAAUGUAGUUGUUUAAGUGUCAGUCUUCAUACUUUUGUUUUAUCACCUAAAUUUUAAGUUAAGGAUAGUUAUUGUUAGAUUUUUAAAAUGUUCAUAGUUUAUUGACAUUGAUUGAUGAAUGUUUAUUGGAGAUCAAAAUGUGUACUCAACAACAUCAGUAUGUUGCCGCGAUCAAUAAAACGUCUGUUUAAACUUUAAAUCAUUGUUACCUACAUAAAUAAACUAAAUAAACUUUCAGAAUUUAUAAAACUAAUUUAAUUUAAUUGUCAUAGACCAAAGGAAUGAAAAUAUGACGUACACACACUACAUAAAAUGCAGUGUUGAACAACAGAUAGUUAAACAAGAGUAAUUUUAUUGAGGCAAGAAAAAAAAAAACUUAUACAUUUAUAAAUCUAUCAAUGAUUAUUUUACAGUCUUUAAAUAAUUUAAUCAUUUACAAAUUCUAUGUAUAAUACAUUUUAACUGAUAAUAUACUAGAAAACUUCUUUAUUAAAGUUAUUACCUAUGUUUAAUAUAAUUUUGGUGAUAAAUUAACAUGGACUUUAAUUUAAUGUUGUUAAACAAAGGACUAGAUUUAAACUUUACUGAUUUAACAUACCAAGUAAACAUUUGGACAGAUACAUUUGAAAUAGAAAAGAAAACUAUUUUGAAAGGUGUAAGUGGAGCAUUUUAUCGGGGUCAACUAUGUGCAAUUAUAGGAUGUUCGGGAUCUGGAAAAUCAUCAUUAUUAAAUGCAUUAUCUGGUUAUAAGACUAGUGGAUAUAGUGGAACAAUAUUGAUCAAUGAUAAACCUCGAGAAUUGGAAUCAUUUCAAAAGCAAUCAUGUUACAUUAUGCAAGAAGAUCAACUUCAUAUGCAAUUAACAGUCAGAGAGGCUAUAGAAUUUGCAUCAAAAUUAAAAAAUUUAACUUUAUCAUUAAACACUAGCAAACUUAAAAUGAUAGAUUUAAUUUUAGAAAAUUUGAAUCUUCUUAAAAUUCAAAAUACUGCUACAAUGAAUUUAUCUGGUGGUGAACGUAGAAAAUUAUCCAUUGCAUUAGAACUGAUCCAUAAUCCAAGCAUCAUGUUUUUUGAUGAACCAACUAGCGGAUUAGAUAGUUUGUCAGCAAAUCAAGUAUUAGAAAUAUUAAGAGAGUUGGCCAAUUCUGGCCGUAAUAUAAUUUCUACAAUACAUCAAGCUUCUGCUUCACAAUUAAAGAUAUUUGACAUACUUUAUGUUCUUACUCCAUCUGGUCAAUGUAUUUAUCAUGGUUUGACAUCAAAUCUUUUGGAUUAUUUGGCCGCACAAGGUGUACGAUGUCCAUUGUAUCACAAUACUGCAGACUUUAUUAUUGAAGUAAGUCUUGAAGAGUGUGGAGAUCAAGCUAAACAAUUAGUAGAAUAUAUUAAAAAUGGAAAGUCUUCAGAAUGGUUAAAGAAUACUAGUCAAGAAAAUUUAGUUAAAAAAAAUCAGUUGAAAGUUGUUAACAUCAAUGAUGAAUGUCAAGAUAGACAAUUUAUAGAAUAUAUUUACAACCAUUUGAUUCAACUUGUUAUUUUAUUGCAUAGGUGUACAGUUAAGACAUUGAGAGAAAAAUUCAUUACUACAAGAUUGCUGGUUCAUAUUAUUGUUAGCGCUGUGUAUGGUUGGGUAUAUUUUGGUGUCGGUAUUAACGCAUCAUUUAUUCAUGACAAUCUUAUGUUGUUGUUCUUCAGUUUACUGUUUAUUAUGUAUACUGCUAGUUCUUCAAUGAUAAUCAACUUUCCCUCAGAAUUUCAAAUACUUUCAAAAGAGCAUUUCAACCAGUGGUAUUCCUUGUUAUCAUAUUAUCUAAGUUUCACUAUAGUAGACCUACCAAUUCAGGUUCUGUGUACAUUCUUGUAUUGUGUGGUUUUAUACUAUUUUACUGGACAACCACUUGAAUGGCCAAGAUUUGGCUUGUAUAUGCUCAUGAUGUUAAUGGUGGGACUAUUAUCACAGACUAUAGGCAUGUUAAUGGGAACAUUGUUUAACGAUUUAAGAUUUAGUACAAUUUUAACCAGCUUCCUACUUAUGCCAUGGAUGAUGUUUGGUGGAAUUUUUAUUAAAAUUUCUGACACGCCAAAGAUGUUUCGAUGGUUGUUUGACAUUUCUUUUAUGAAACAUGCCAUGGAAGGAAUAGUGCAUUGUAUUUAUGGUAUGGAUCGACCCAAAUUAUAUUGCCCCAAGCACUUCGCCUUCAAAUAUUUUAAAAGAUUUAGAUAUGCCAGUUAACAAGUAUUGGUUAAAUUUUUUCGCUGUUACCGCCAUGUACAUUUUAUUGAAGGUGUUAACAUAUUUAGUGUUGAAAAAAAAGUUAAAAAUUCAUUGAUGG